AUGUCUACUACAACCACCACCACUACCCAGCCUAUCACGGCUGAAUCUAUGCUUCGUCUUUUCCCUGAUAUUGACACCAGCUCCGAUCCUCUAUCUGGCCACGAUGAGGAGCAGAUUCGUCUCAUGGACGAAGUUUGCAUUGUCCUCGACGAAAACGACAACCCAAUUGGCACAGCUAGCAAGAAGAUCUGCCAUCUCAUGACCAACAUUGACAAGGGUCUCCUUCACCGUGCCUUUUCUGUCUUCCUCUUCAAUGAUAAGAACGAGCUCCUCCUCCAGCAGCGCGCUUCCGAGAAGAUCACCUUCGCCGAUAUGUGGACCAACACUUGCUGCUCUCACCCUCUCAACAUCCCUACCGAGACUGGUUCAACCUUUGAAGACUCCAUUGCUGGUGUCAAGCGAGCUGCCCAACGCAAACUCGAGCACGAAUUGGGUAUCAAGAAGGAGCAGGUUCCCUUUGAGGACUUCCAUUUCCUUACCCGAAUUCACUACAAGGCUCCUAGCGACGGCAAGUGGGGUGAGCACGAGAUUGACUACAUUCUCUUCAUCAAGGCCAAUGUUGACCUUGAUGUCAACAAGAACGAGGUCAGGGACACACAAUACGUUACCCCUGAGAGCCUAAAGCAACAAUUCGACGAUCCCAAGUUGGUUUUCACCCCUUGGUUCAAGCUCAUCUGCAACUCUAUGCUCUUCGACUGGUGGAAGAGCCUCGACUCUGGCCUGGAGAAGUACAUGCACGAGCAGGAGAUUCGACGCAUGUAA